AUGCUGUCACUAAUGGCAAUUCGCCCGCCUCCGGCGUUAGCCUUUCUAUUUGCAUUUGCCGUCGCAACCCUUAUACCUGCCACCAAAACCCAAGAAGAAGACGAUGUGAAGAUAUGGGCCCUUCUCGUGGCGGGUUCUAAGGGGUACAUCAACUACCGCCACCAGGCAGACGUCUGCCACGCGUACCACAUCCUGAAACAAAAUGGUGUUUUAGAAGAACGCAUUGUGGUUAUGAUGUACGACGACAUCGCGCACAACGAACUGAAUCCAACACCAGGAGUCAUACUCAACUACCCCAACGGACCUAAUGUUUACGCUGGAGUGCCAAAGGACUACACCGGAGACCUGGUUUCAGCGUAUAAUUUUUUGAGCAUCCUGCAAGGAGAGGCAGUUGAGGGGGGUAGCGGAAAGGUAAUAGCAAGCGGUCCGAACGACCACGUGUUCGUCUACUUCGCCGACCAUGGCGGUCCUGGUCUUAUAGCUUUUCCGAACGACAAUCUUCAUGCGACAAGCCUAAACGGGGCUCUGAAGCUGAUGCACCAGCAGAACAAAUUUGCAAAGCUGGUCUUCUACCUCGAGUCUUGUGAGUCCGGCUCUAUGUUCCAGCACCUCUUGCCUGACGACAUCAACGUGUAUGCGACGACGGCGGCAAACGGCGAGGAACCGUCCGCAGCGUGUUACUACGACAAAUUUAGGAACACGUAUUUGGGAGAUGUCUACAGCGUCAACUGGAUGCAUGACACUCGGUGCGGGAUCCCGGGUUAUGAAACGCUCCAGGACCAGUUAGAAAUCGUCAAGUCUGAGACUUACACAAGCCACGUCAUGGAGUAUGGUGACUUGAAGAUGGGGAGAAUGAAGAUUAGCGAGUUCCAAGGCGCAGAAGGUGGCCCUUUUGAAGUUUUGGCCAAGGCACCUCUGGACACAGUUCCCAGCAGAGAUGUGCCCGUUGACAUUGUCCGCCGUAAACUCAUGAAUGCGACGGACCUUCAGGUUGCACUCUCGCUGAAGCAAGACCUGGAUCGGAUGCUGCUACUCCGUACUUUCCUCAAGGGCAAGAUGACGGCGCUUGUGAAGUUUGUGACGCGUGGUGACGCUGAAAAGAGCGAGCUGUUGCUCGAAGCAAAGAUUCCCCUGAGGGACCACAGCUGUUACGAGCAAGCCGUAAGCCACUUCGACGCCAAAUGCUUCGAACUCUCGGCUAACCCACGCUCCCUCGCACACUUGCGCUUGCUUGUAAACAUGUGCGAAGAAAACAUUUCCAUUUAUGACAUUCGCCGAGCGAUGGACUAUAUAUGCACUCAUGAAAGAAUAGUCGGUAUAGUCUAG